AUGCCGCCCGCCGGUGGAAAACGGUAUCUGACAUCGACGGCUGUCUUCCUGAACGAGGUGGUCAAGUUGACCAUCUCCCUGACCAUGGCGCUAUACGAGGUCUCCAAGGCCGCCCCGCCGUCCAUGCCGGCCACCUCGCUCUUCUUCUCUCUGACCAGCGCGGUCUUCUCCGGCGACAGCUGGAAGCUGGCCAUCCCCGCCAGUCUCUACACCCUGGCAAACUCGUUACAGUACAUCGCGCUGUCUAACAUGCAGGCGGCCACCUUCCAGGUGACCUACCAGCUGAAGUUGCUGGUGUCUGCCAUCUUUGGCCUCGUCUUGCUGCGCCGCAGCGUCGCCCCGCGCAAAUGGGGCCUUCUCCUGCUUUUGGUCGUCGGGGUCGCCCUCGUGCAGAUGGCCGGCGGGCCCUCGGACGAGCUGGAGGAGGAGGCCGUGCAUAUCAAUUUCCCGCGCUCCCUGGCCGAGUGGAAGGCCGUCAAGGGCGGCGGUGCUGCAGCAGGACUUCACAAGCGCUCCGCCACAUAUGAAGGCAUCGAGGACGACAUCAACACCGCCUUUCCGCGGCUGAACUCCGUCGUUGGUCUGUUGGCCACCCUCGGCGCCUGUGCUGCGUCGGGCCUGGCGGGCGUGUAUUUUGAAAAGGUGCUCAGGGACAGUGCCAUCUCUACCUCCCUUUGGGUUCGCAACGUGCAACUGGCCUUCUACUCCAUCUUUCCUGCUCUGUUUAUUGGCGUGAUCUUCCUGGAUGGCGAGACGGUAGCCGUGAACGGCUUCUUCGAAGGCUACAACUGGGCCGUCUGGUCCAUGAUCCUCGUGCAGGCGCUUGGUGGAGUGGCUACUGCCUUCUCCAUCUGCUAUGCCUCUAAGCUGCCCAAGAACUUGGCCAUUGUUAGCAGCAUCAUCCUCAGCACGGUGGGGAGCGUAUGGUUUUUCGAGUUUGAACUUACUGGUAAUUUCAUUCUCGGCACCGGUCUCGUCCUUGUGGCAACCUAUUUCUACGGAAAUCCCGCCUCUGGUCUCACCCAGCUUAAGGGAUACCCCAUGCGGCCGCCACCAAUCCGUAUCGACAACUACGAGAAGGACAUUAUGGGCGAACCCGGCUCCCCCGUCCAAUCUCCCACCAAUGACUUCUCGAUCAAGCUCCCCUCUAGCCCAUUCCUGUCCGAUGCUGGUCUCUCAACCUCUCGCCCCACGUCUCCUAGCCAGCCGCGAACUAGCACCGGUCGGAGCGCGAGCGCAAGCUACUUCUCCUCCAAACACUGA